AACCAUAAACCACCUAAACAUUGUCCUCUACACAACCGUUAAAUCCAAUAGCCCUAGAAUUCAAUUUAGUCGAAACCAGUCAACAACAAGAAUGGACGACAUAAACAUAAAAAUGAACCCACACAACCUAUCUUCUUCAUCUCCACCUGCAUCCUCUUCUACAUCCGGAACAUCAUGGUUUUCCGGCAUUGUUCGCGCCCGCAAGUCAACCACUUCAACCACAACCAAAUCCGUCGUUGCCGCCGCCGCCCCCAUCAACCGGAAAAAUCAGUUCUGUGGUGUCAUGUUUAAAUACGCCUCUAAACCUAUUCAGGUUGCAUUCAAAACCGGGGAUUAUAAACAACACGUUGUUUUUAUUGGCGGAUUGACGGAUGGGUUUUUGGCUACAGAAUAUUUGGAGCCGCUGGCAAUUGCAUUGGAUAAAGAAAAAUGGUCAUUAGUUCAGUUUUUGUUUUCAUCUUCCUACAGUGGAUAUGGCAUAUCAAGCUUGAAAGAGGAUGCGUUGGAGCUUGAUCAGUUGAUUAAUCACUUAAUAAACAAAGAAGACUCGGAGGGCGUAGUGCUUCUUGGCCACAGCACAGGCUGUCAAGAUAUUGUUAAUUACAUGCGCACCAAUGCAGCAUGCUCUAGAGCUGUUCGUGCUGCUAUUUUACAGGCUCCGGUUAGUGAUCGAGAAUUCCGAGCAACUCUUCCCGAGACCGCUGCAAUGAUUGAUUUGGCUUCAAAACUAAUAAGUGAAGGUCGGGGAUCCGAGUUAAUGCCUAGGGAAGCAAACCAAGAUUCCCCAAUAACUGCUUAUAGAUUUCACUCCCUGUGUGCAUACAUGGGCGACGAUGACAUGUUCAGUUCCGAUCUCAGUGACGACCAACUGAAACAGAGACUUGGUCACAUGUGUAACACACCGUGCCAGGUGAUAUUUUCUAUGGCUGAUGAAUAUGUACCGGAUUAUGUUGACAAGAAAGUGUUGGUGCAAAGACUGUGUAAAGCAAUGGGGGGUGCGGAGAAAGUUGAGAUAGAAUGGGGAAACCAUUCGCUAUCUAACCGAGUUGCUGAAGCAGUUGAAGCGAUAAUGGGGUUUGUGAAGAGCGGGGGUCCUAACGGCUGGGAUGAUCCUUGGAGUUGACUUGAAUGUUCUUUCUGUUGUUAUUCUCUUUAUCACAUAUCAUGGCUCUUGAUUUUAGAGUUUUCAAGUGUUUUGUUACAUUUUCGUGUUGUAAGUUUAUUCUUUCACCUCAUUCUUGAUUUUAUAUGACCUUGUGAUUUGUGCAAAAAGAUGUGUACAUUUUGAAAUGUCA